AUGUCUGUCGGUUUGACCGAGAAUUCGUACGGCAAUAACUGUUGUAAUCGUCAGACGCCAUUUUGUGCCUCGUUUCGCUGUAGAGCGUCACGAAAGUUUCAUCCUUUUUAUUUUAAUUUAAUUUCGCCAAAACGUCGCAAUUACAUAAAAUGGUGUCUUCUAAUCAACCGAAACUACAGGAAAUACAUAUAAGGAAAUUAUACAUAAAUCCACUGUUCUCUAAUAAAAUGAUUAUUGAGCACCAUUAAUACAGAUGGAGAAAAACAAAAAUAUUUGUGGGGCGGUUGCCAGAAAAUUGUCGCAACGAUGAGUUGCGACAAUUAUUUUUACGCUUCGGCGAGGUGACGGAAUGUGACGUUAUGAAUCGAUACGGCUUUGUACACAUGGCACGAGAGGAAGAUGCAGCUGCAGCUAUCAAGGCGCUCCACAAUUCCAACUUCAAGGGGGCAACCAUCAACGUGGAGCAGUCAACUGGGAAGUCACGCGGAGGCGGUGGAGGACGCAGGGAUGGAGACAGAAGAGGCGGACCAAUGAGAGGUGGUAGAGGAGGACGAGACGGUGGUAGAGACGCUCGUCCUGGACCAUACAAUGAUAGAAGAGUUCUUCCGAUCCAACUCGUUGGUUACGAUGGAUCUGCUGCAGGUGGCGUCGCAGCUGGCUAUACCGAUUACAAUCGUGGUGCUGGGGACUUUAGUGGACGAGGGACUGACUUUGGCACUGGGUAUACCGACCGUGGAGCAUAUGGCCAGAACGUGGGAACUGCUGCGAUGGGAUAUACCUCAACGGCGCCAGGGAUGGGUGGAGGCUAUGGACCUGCUGCUGCUGUAGGAGGAUAUGGCCCAACAGGAACGGCUGAUUAUGGCAGGACUGCUGAUUAUACCCGUGCUGCAGAUUUUGGAGCGAGAACAGAUUAUGUAGUUGGAGCUGGUAUGGCAGGUGAUUUUAACCGUGGUGCACCAGGUCCGGUUGAUUAUGGUCGUACGGAUAAUUUCGGCGCAAGUCGCACAGUUGAUUACACAGCUAGAAAUGAUUAUGAUCGCGCUGCGACCGGACCAAUGAGAAAUGGCGGUGCUGCCGUUGCCACAACAGGAUAUGGUACUGGAUACACUGAUGUUGGAUAUGAUGAGAGUCAUUGGCCAAUGAGUACUGGUCCCAGCUACAGUACCGGUGCUCCCAGUUAUAACACUGGUCCUGGACCACAAGCAGAUAUGUUUAGUAGAAGGCCUGGUAGCGCUGUUCCCAGUGGUGGAUACCCACCUGUUGGUGGAGGCUAUACCGAAGGAUAUGACAGACCUGAUGCAUACGGACCUCCUCCACGUGGCGGCGGCCGCUUCCCAGGUCCGGCAGAUGCGAUGCCACCGAGUGGUGGCCACUCGCACGGACUCGAAUACCUAGGAACUGCCCUAUGUCCGACACAGAGUCCAUACAAUUACGAUGAUACUAUGUGUAACUUAUGAUAGACCUAACGUUUAACGUAUAACUCUUAAGGUGUGGUAAGAAUGAGAAAUAUCAUGGGUGAUGUAAAUUAUUCAAUAUAAAACAAAAAAAGAAAGAAAGAAAGAUAACAUUAUAUGGUAAUCUCUCAUAUGGAAACAAAGAGAAAGAGUACUAGGAAUAGCGACACACAACAACAUAGACACACACAUUAUACAUAUACGACACAUAUAGUAAACUACAUUUGAUAUAAUAUUCAAAUAAUUCUAAUACUUUCUUUUUCUUCUCUUCUUCUUCUUCUUCUUUUUACUUUUCGAGUAAAUCGUUAAUAGCAAAAUGUGAGAAUAAUUUUUGAGUUAACACUUUAAACUAAGAUUUUAUGUUCCUUAUCUUGUUUAUUUUUUUUUUCUUUUCUUUUUUCUUUUUUUUUCUUUUCUUUUUUUUCUUUUUUUUCGUUAUACAUAUGAUAAUAUCGCCCGAAUUUAGAUAUUAUUAUCAUUAUUAUUAUUAUUAUUAUUAUUAUUAAAGGAAAUAUUCACAAUAUCCUGUGUCUCUACCUUAAGCAACAUAAAUAAUCAUGCUGUAGGUUUAGAUAAUUUCAUUAUAUUUUAUAGCAUUAGUUCUAUACAUAAAAAUUGACUUAGGCUAUAAAAGCAAUGCUGUAUAAUCUUUUUUUUACAAAUAAGAACUUGAAUAAUGUUUUGAAUGUUCAUUAAUAAACCAAGAAAAUGUGCUUUCGGAAGUUAUUUAUGUACCUUUAUAAAAUAAGUAUAGAAAUGCAAAAAGAUAAUUAUAUCACAUAUUAGCAUGAUUAAUUUAAUUGAUUUAACUGUCACGAUUUUUUUCUUUUCGUAAAUAUAAAAUUAAAAAAAAAACAAAGAAAUAUAUGUAUAUGCUUUGUAAAAGAAAUUUUCUUAUUUUACUUAUUUCAUAAACAUUCCGAUCUUCGAACAUCAAAGAAAUGAAAGUAAACUGAUUUAUAUUUUGAACAUUUAUAAUCAUUUCAUGUAAUAUUUUGCAAAAAAAAAAUUAUUGCAAAUGAUUAUCUUUAAUCAUUCAAUAAAUUCCUCCAUUGUAUUCAACAAAAAGAUAUUUACUUUUAGUAGUAAAUGCGUAUUGAAAUCUAUUUCAAAAUAUAGAUUAAAUAAAUGAAUAUUUAAUCAACAAUAAAGACUACAAAAAAAUGAUAUAAAAUUAUAGAGACUGAACAAAUUAAUCAUAGAUUUUUUAUGAAGUUGGACUAUAAAUAUAUAAACAAAUAUGUAUUACGCUGCUUAGUUUAUAAAUAAAGUAUCUCUAACAGUCCUAACUUAUUGUCUUCGCUGUUGAAUGAGGAGCAUGUAAUAUCCAUAAUACUUGAUAUAUAUAUAUAUAAUUUGAAUAAAAUACAUUUCUGUGUGAUAGUUACAUGAUCCGCUUUUGAAAAAAGAUACUGGUGAUAUAUUUAUGAUACAAUAUAACAAAAAAUUGAUGAAUGAGUGUAUCAUGAAGAUUUCUGAAGAUAUGAAAUACGGAAACAAUCAUGUUCAGAGAAUUCUGGAGAAAGUUCUUGAAAAUGUAAAAUAAAUUCUCUUUAUCAUCAUAUUUCUUUUAAAAAUAUAACAGUUCUUAAGGCUAUGCAAAGUAUAUAUAUGAUAAACCUUAUUACGAAGAAUUAAACAUAAUAAUGCAUAGCUUUAAACUGUCAAUUCAGCAAGAAAUGUUCUAAUCAGUUAGGGCAAGCAUGGAAACAUCGUUGUUUGCUAUGUCAGCGUAUGGCAAGUGCGUUUAGCAGGUUUUUAUCGAAUAUCUACGUCCGAUGGCGAGAAUCAACGUGCGAUAAUCGAAGAAACGUCUCUAUCAACGAUUAUGAUCUUACCUAUGCGUGUGGCCGCCCGUAGAUGCGAGACUGCUGUGAAUAGUCCAACCUGCGAUUUGCGGAUAAUUCUACAAAUUGCGUUUGCGCUCAAAGCUGGCGUGCUUUGAAUUUGAAAAUGAAGAUUACAAACUGGCUGAGAAGAGAAGAAACUACUGAAUUUUGAGAUGAACUCAAGGAAGCUGAACUUUGAAAUGAAUACAAGAGUGAUACUACCAUGAGUACUUGCUUUACGAGAUUGAUGGAUACAUUUGGUCAUUGGAUAUGGAGAACUACACGAGCAAACAUAAUGAAAUGUAUCAAAGACGUAAGAACAAACUAUGAGUUUUAAGUUUUAUUUUUUAAAUCUUUAUUUUGAAUUUUAAGUGAAAUUAAAAAAUAACAUUUGAUCUGCUCUUUCAGUAAGUAAAAGAAAAAUAUCUUAAUGGUAUAUUAUAAAAUGUACAUUUAAUACAAAAACAUGCGAAUAAUAAUAAUAAUAAUAAUAAUACGUUAAGAAAUAGCUCUUCCAUGGGUUUAAUUUCAGGCAUAUAUAUAUACACCAUUGAAACAUUACUUUUAAAUAAAUAACUUAAUAUUUAUAUAAUA